GACCGCGGGGAGGGGAGUGGCGGCGGCGGCGGCGGCGGGCGGCUCCCGCUUCAGCCUCGGCAGUGGCGUCGGCGACGGCGGCGGAGUCGAGGCAGCCGCGAGCGCUCGGCCGAGUGGCGGCGGGCGAAGACGGCGCAGGAGCCGGGGGUUGAGGACACGCGCGCUGGCCCUUCCGCGCCGCGGCCGCCGCCGCCGCCGCCACCCAGAGCCUGAGGCGCCGGGGCGCGGGCGAGCGGGCGGGCCGGGGCAAGGCGGGCAUGGCGCGGACCCUGGGCCCGGCCCCGUUGUGUCCUGGAGGCGGCAAAGCACAACUUUCCUCGGCGUUUCCUCCCGCGGCCGGACUGCUGCUGCCGGCCCCGACGCCGCCGCCGCUGCUGCUGCUGCUCAUCCCCCUGCUUCUCUUUUCCCGGCUCUGUGGUGCCUUAGCUGGAUCAAUUAUUGUGGAGCCACAUGUCACAGCAGUGUGGGGAAAGAAUGUUUCAUUGAAGUGUUUAAUUGAAGUGAAUGAAACUAUAACACAGAUCUCAUGGGAGAAGAUACAUGGCAAAAGUACACAGACUGUUGCAGUUCAUCAUCCUCAGUAUGGAUUCUCUGUUCAAGGAGAUUAUCAGGGAAGAGUGUUGUUUAAAAACUAUUCACUUAAUGAUGCAACAAUUACUCUGCAUAACAUAGGCUUCUCAGAUUCUGGAAAAUAUAUAUGCAAAGCUGUUACAUUCCCACUUGGAAAUGCCCAGUCCUCUACAACUGUGACUGUGUUAGUUGAACCCACGGUGAGCCUGAUAAAAGGGCCAGAUUCUUUAAUUGAUGGAGGGAAUGAGACAGUAGCAGCAGUUUGUGUAGCAGCCACUGGAAAACCAGUCGCACAGAUUGAUUGGGAAGGUGAUCUUGGCGAAAUGGAAUCUACUACAACUUCUUUUCCCAAUGAAACAGCAACAAUUGUCAGCCAAUACAAGCUGUUUCCCACAAGAUUUGCUAGAGGAAGGCGAAUUACUUGUGUUGUAAAACAUCCGGCCUUAGAAAAAGACAUUCGAUACUCUUUCAUACUAGACAUACAGUAUGCUCCUGAAGUUUCAGUAACAGGAUAUGAUGGAAAUUGGUUCGUGGGAAGAAAAGGUGUUAACCUCAAGUGUAAUGCUGAUGCGAAUCCUCCACCCUUCAAGUCUGUAUGGAGCAGGUUGGAUGGACAAUGGCCUGAUGGUUUAUUGGCAUCAGACAAUACUCUUCAUUUUGUCCAUCCACUGAAUGUCAAUUAUUCUGGCGUUUAUGUCUGUAAAGUGACAAAUUCCCUUGGUCAAAGAAGUGAUCAAAAGGUCAUCUACAUUUCAGACAUCCCGCUUAAGCAGACCUCAUCCAUAGCUGUGGCUGGAGCUGUGAUUGGAGCUGUCCUGGCCCUCUUCAUCAUCGCUGUCUUUGUGACUGUGUUGCUGACGCCGCGGAAAAAGAGACCGUCCUAUCUUGACAAAGUGAUCGACCUUCCACCUACACAUAAGCCACCCCCUGUAUAUGAAGAACGAAUUCCUUCUCUCCCUCAGAAAGAUCUUCUGUGCCAGACCGAACACUUGCCUUUGCAGACUCAGUUCAAAGAGAAAGGAGCUGGAGGUCUUCAGCCCUCUAAUGGACCAAUUAGCAGGAGAUUUGACUAUGAGGAUGAGAGCACAAUGCAAGAAGAUGGGACUCAGCAGAUGUGCCCCCUUUAUAACCAGAUGUGCCACCAAGACCGAAGCCCUCACCAACAUUACCCACGCAACCCCGAGAGACUCUAUAUCAACCCACGAGAACAUUAUGUGUGAUUUUCCUCGUUAUAAAGGGUGUUCUAACAAAUGUUUAUUCUUAGACCUGAGAGGGAAACUGAGGCAUCUAAAUGAUUUCAGUCUUAAGUGUGUUGGAACAAUCGAUGAAUGAAUCAGAGCUAAGAGUAGAUUGCUUAGCUUCAUUAAGGGUUCCUUAACUACCAGCUGUGUGUGUGAGCUCACCUGUAGCUUCACUUCACUGUAAGCCUGCAGUUUUGCUAACACUCCAUGGUGUGUUCAUUUGAAGAGGAAGGCCCCAGCUGCUGGCGACCACUCUGCUUGGGUCUCAGGCACUGCCUUUCUGUCAUUUAAACAGGUGGGAAAAUGAGCUCCAAAUCGAGUUCACUAAUUAUUAAGCUGGGAUUUAGAUUUCCCUAGCAUCUCAGUACGAUAACAAUACCUGUGUACAGAGGCCGGAGGAAAGAAGUGGACUGCUGCAUCCAAACAGUAACAAAGGGAAGGGGAAGCGACAAGCCUCCAUGCGCUUGUGAGCCAGCCUUAGUGCCCCGGCUGGCCAUUAGGCUCCAAGGGCUCCACGGGGCUGUCUGCCCUCUGUCCCCUAGUGACCAGCUGUGUCUGUGGAGUUGACUUUGUCCCUGUUGGUGCAACCUUGGGUUCCACUGGCCCAAUUAACCUGUUUCCCACCUCUCAGUCCUUAAAAAAAAAUCCCUGCUGAAAUGGGAUGGGUCCUUUUAGCUCUGUCCCUCUUCGCUUACACACGUUAAGCUCAUUCAAGGCUGGCUCACCACACAGGCGUUAGCUAGCUACUCCUCUUCAUUCUUCCCUCUUCUUCCAUGUCUUAUCUACCUCAAGAGAGAGAGAGAGAAGAGAGAAGAAAAAAAGAAAGAAGGCCUAUUGAAAAUCACCACAAAAUAACCCCCACUCUCAAAAGCCCAGCGGAAAAUUUGAAAACUUUUUUUUUUUUUUUUUGUAAAGCUACUUCAGUAUGACAUGCUUCAGUAUGGCAUGUGCUCUAUUCUCCUCCCCGUGGCACCUGGUCAGACAGCCUAAAGAGAUGCUUAUACAGUGGGUAACAGCAGCCUCUCUGCCAGGGUCGACAGCUACAAAGCUGCACUAUGCUGCUGGGCUGCCUGCUCCUCCUGUCUGCCUGGAGUUCUAGAACUUAUCUCCCCCUGCCAGCUGUCCAUCACGGAGACUGACAAUGGAGGUCACAGAGGGAAACUUACAGGCAAAACAAUCCUCAGUACAUCUUAAGAAUAGUGUUCCUUUACUGUGUGUCCUGGAAAGGUCAGAGUGUGACACUGGUAUUAAGAAAUCAAACACUGUGUCCCUGUUACAUAUUUUUUUUUAAAAAAAGAGAACAGUAUAAACAGCAAAAUAAAUGGUAAACAUUUCCAGCGUAAGCCUCCUUCAGGAGGAAAUGAGAACAUUAGUAGAUUUAUAGUGUCAUGCCAAAGACGCCUGAAACACGCUGUGCUGGCCUGGGUUCUCCUCUGCUUUUUUUGUUUGUUUGUUUGAUCGUUUGUUUGUCAGGCUUUGUGGGAUAAGUCAUAGAGGUGGUUCUGCAGUAAUAUACCCACCCACUCGGUUCCCUGGGUGAUAGGCAGUUCUAGGAGCAAGGAUACUCAAAUCCCAUCGUCUGUCUUUGGUAAGAUUAGCAUUUUCAGAGGAUAGGCCGGCUCCAGAGCACCUGGUUCCAGAGUUCCACUGGUCCUCGGGCCCCAUCGCUGCAUGAGCUUUGGGUUUAGUUUAUUGCCUUUAUAGCAAAGAUGAUGGCCAGCUUCAUUGCCCAGAAUGUCAUUACUAAGCCACUGUAACUAAUGUUCUAGGAUCUCCUGUGAUUGUUUUCCAAUAGUUAGGGUUGUACUGAGAGUUUUCUCUGACACUGAAGCAUUUCAGAAUACCUAGAGGCUAGGGCCCAGAAUGCAGCACCCCCUCCUUCAGAAGGCUUUAAAAAUAUCUUAAUGCUGAAGACAGUGCUGGAGUCCUGCUGGGAAGCAGGUUGUAGAGUCCAUGCCACAAAAGCGCGUUGCAGAGGCAGGGAAAGGGGCAGGAUGUCUUCGUUUGUGCCAGAGAAAAGGAUUUGGAAGCCUUUUGUCCUGUCCUUAGCACCAUCCCUGGAGGGACCCACUGUCUACCUUUCAACGAUUCUUAGUAUUGUUAUGAAAAAGUUAUUUUAGGGUGUGUGUACCGUCUGCAGCCAGCAAGUUCACCUCGUCUGUGUCUCUCUCAGCUAUGAAAGUCCUUGGGCAAACUACUAUAUUUGAUAGUUGUUGGCCCCAAACACAGGUCACAUAGGCUUCAUAACAGCCUAUUCUAGCACCUCCUGUCUGUUCUCUAUUUAAAAAGAAAAAGUUAGCUAAAUACAGAACAGCUUUAAAAGGGUUUGAUUAACCAGCCCCCUCAACCAAAGAAUGCCAUCCAAAAUUAGUCUGCUGACCUCUGUAUUUGGAGCACUUGAUGGCGCCAUUUAAAUUGGGAAGUAAAGGUCAGUAAGUGAGGUUGAGGGACAUAUCCACAGCUGGCCAUGCUCUCCCCAUUACCGUUUUAUUAAAGUUCACUGGGACAGAAGUAAAUCUACAUAGCAGUUUUCUAUGUACUGCUGCCACUGCGUUCCAAGGCGGCAGGGGGACAUGCUCACCCUCACCACACAGCCCCCAUUGCCUAUUUCACCUGCCCGCAUUGUGGCAGACCAUCAGAUCCACUGCAUCUCAGUCCACUGAAGCAUCUGUACUGGCUAGGAUCAGUGGGACUUACUGGGAUCUGAAUGCACACAGCAGUGAUGUGUCUUCCAUGAGAGUUCCCUUCAGGCCUGGCAUUUUGUAUGGUCUAAAUGUGAAGAUAUUGACAUGCUUUGGAGUAUUUGACAUAGGCAUCUAUAGAACUAUAUAGAGAAAGAGGAGAGAGAGAGAGAGAGAGAGAGAGAGAGAGAGAGAGAGAGAGAGAGAGAGAGACUAACUAAAGAAAUACCCAUUAAGUGACCUGGUUCUUGCCAUCAUUAUUAUGCUCUAUGUCCUGGUCACUGCUAAACAGGACCAAGGCCUCCCCCGCACCUUGUCUUUCAUAGAAGACUAAGUUUCAAGAAUUGUGUCGUUGCUGCUUGCCUUUUCUUGCACUCACUGUCCCCCUGGCGCUGUGCUUACUGUACAGCAGGGCCUGCCUUGACAGGAGAGAAUCCCCCGUUGUUCUCAAAAUCAACAGAACAGAUCUACACCCAGCUUUAACCCCUACUGUGAAAUCUUAGGAGAAGAAGUUAAAAUGUCUUGGGUAUCGGUUGUCCCCGCCCAUGAACCAGAGGCUUUUCCUGUCCACCGCUCAGAACUGUGGUAAGAACGAAACUAGGGAAUGGUAGGUGAGAAACUUAACUUCUGUCCAAACUGACGUGUACCCAGGUCUCCACUGUUCGGUAUUGAACUUCAGCUUCCGGUGCCUUUGCCAGUAUUUAGAGUACUGGAAUGUUCCAGGGAAAGCCUUCAGCGGUGCGGCAAAUUCAGUGUGAUAGAACCAAUUGCAAAGUACAGACAUUCCAUUAUUAUAAUAAACAUUUAUCCCAUAAAAUAGUUCACAUCUGGAACAUUGAUGUGGAUCCUUGGGUAAAGGCACUUGCCAUGCAAGCCUGGGACCCUGCAUUCAAUCCUUGGGGAUAGCAUAGAAGUAAAGGAGAGACAAGGGCCACCACACACCUCACACCUCAUUGCACGUGCGAUAAAACUAAUAAAUAUUGUUAAAAGGUUCACCUCUGUCAGGCUUUAGGUAGGAUAGAAGAGACGUUUUAGAAUUCAUGGUUGCUCCUGUUUUACAGAUCACUAUUAAUGAGUAGCUUUCCUGAGGACAGGAUGGACUGGGUUCUAGGGCCAGCAUCCAGCAUCGUACAUGAUCAUCUCACCAGAUAGGCUCACACCCCUGUUUAGUCCUCCUUCAAGAGCACCCGUGGGAACAGACAGGUUCCUACCCCCACACCACCCAGGAAUAGAUCAUGUAGAUCAUCAGUCAGCUGUUCCCUGCUUUGUUUGGUGGGGAGUGCAGUUGUCUUGGUUUUCUUUGCAGGGGAGGAUAAUACCCUGCACAUAAAACUAUAAGAAGUGUUAAAAGCAGAAAGCAAGCUCAUGUGCUCACUUUUCCCCUGUAAAUAUUCAGACGUGCUCCUCUGUCCGUUAGGCUAAGUGGCAAAGGCCAGCCAGGCAAAUGAGAUAAAGCAGCCCAUACCACUUGGUUUGCUUUUGCAGGGCACUGACUUCUAGCACCCUUCCCUAGACUGAAUAUAACACACUUCUUGCUGUUUGUCUCUGUUCAAUAAAGACUCAGCAGCCAAGGUGGCAACAGUCACAGCUGGAAGAAGCCAGAGAAGGGUAGAAAGUGUGAAACCUUGAGAUGCCAGUGUCACCAAACUGCUCCUCUCAGCUUCAUGUUUCUCUUGUUCUGGGGCUUGAAUGGCAAGCCUUUGCCUUCAUCCUGAGGUCAUUUGAAGACUAAAAGAAUCCAGGACUUUUAUCCAUAUUAAACCAAAAGCUCAUGUUUGCAAACCCAAUUAACUAUAAAAUGUUACUACAGUAAUUUGCUACAGCAGAUGAAAUAAUCUGAAUUUCUUCCAUUCAGAAAUACACUCUGGUCUGCGUCAGCUGUUAAGGCCGUCUUGGCAGCCUUUGGUAGAGAUGCAAGGGCUGCGUUCCUCCAGCCCAACCUCACCAGGUGUACUAAUAAGCCAGGAAGCUACAGAACAGUCCACCAGUCUUCUAUAAUGUUGAGAGCGCCCUGGUUCUGCCCUUCCAGGCAACCCAGCAGCAUCCCAUGCCUAUCUGCAGAAGCUAUCAGAAGUAAGCCCAGCAGUUCUUCCCGAUUCAGUGAGCCAGACUCCUGUUCUCUUUGAUUUCUACACAGAGAAGAAGUCAGGUAUCUCAGUCUGUGGGGCUUGUUCAUGAGAGGACUGGCCCUACAUGAUUUCAGCUGUUAAACCGUUAAUACCACCACAUUGACCGUAGACAAUAGUCACUCACUGGAUUAACAAAGUCUCAAGGGUCGGGCCACAAACAAAGCAUGUGCUACCAGUCUCUGGAGUGAAGAGAGCUUUGCAACUGUUGACGGCCCCUGGAUGGUGUGCACCCCUGACUAGGAUACAUCAGGUAAUAAUCAGCCAUCCCUAGAGGCAUACUGAAACUGAUCAACAUGUUUGAAAAUAAUCUUAUAAGUGAAAUCCAGUGUAACUAUUUGGUAAAGGUUUCUCAGCAGGUUGUCGUACCCUCGUACUAGGGUCGGGGGGUGGGGUCAUUCACUGCUCUGUAGUCAAGAACCUGUUGAAGAGUUGCUGACAUUUAUCCAUAGUAACAAGUGUUAUCUUGGGUUGCACUGUCAGCGCUAUGCAGAUUUAUGGGAAAGAACAAAAUAUCUGAAUUGACAACCAACUGACAGGCUUCUAUCCUCUUGGGCUACAAUUCCACAGUGAAAUUAUCAGAGUUGUCGCAAGGAAACUCUACAUAGGGGGCAGGUCACUUAGACACAAAGAGAGCUGCACUUGGGUCUUUCAGGUUCUAAUUACUAUUGCAAACAGUCUUCAAUAAACAAAGGGACCUUUCUGAGAUAGGUCAAUCUCCUGACAGUCUAAGGUGAGAGGCUACACAGUUGCCCCUUCAUGGAUUUCCCAAAGCAUUUCUAGGAUCAGAUCUCAUGGGUACUGCACAAUAGCUGAUUUUGUGACUUACGCUGGACUGAGUGUAUCUCAUGGAAUUUGGCUGUGGAAAGUGAUUAGAGGAAACCCCAAGGGAAAUCUUCCUGGGAAUCCAUAACAUUGGACUUGCUACAGUGACUUAGGACUGAGCCCUGUCCCAACCCAGAUGUGUCUGACAGCCAUGAAAAGAUGAAUUCUUUGUCUUCCUCAGAGGUUAAUUUCCCUUAAUAGCACACAGUAGAUCUAUGAAGCCCAGAGUUCCACACGGUUUUUCAAGUGAAUGGACAUCAUUGUUUUGGUUUUCAGUACUGCUUUCAGAAACAAUCAGGAUUUUAAGUCCACUCAAGUAUUGAUCAAGCUAAAUUAAAUUCCUCUCUGAAAUCUUACUGACAGCCCCAGUAUUCAUUAUAUUUUAACUAGAGGCAGUAGAGGUUUUUUCUGCAUGUAUUAGUUUACUCCAGCGCACACCUCUAUACUCUCACAUACUCUAAGUGCAAAAUUCCCUUCAAUGGAGCACUUCGGUGCCCAGAGGACUGACUGUCCAGUAUCUUUGGUUUCACUGUAUAUUAGAAAUCCCAAUUCCUCUGUCAAGAGCAUAUGUUAAGUAGCAGGUAUUGCCACUAGAACCCCAAGUUAUUCCAUUUGUCUCCAAAAGUUCCUAUUGUUCCUCUCCUUUCUACUUCUAUAUGAUACAGCAUCUCUGCCCACUUGCUUCCUCUCCAUGUGGUCCUCGCCUUUUAACAUAUCUUGGCAGCUUUGUCCCUUCAAGCCAGUGCUCCCUCACAGGGCUGCACUGGUGGUGGUGGGGAAUAAGAUGUGUAAGGGCUAACUUCAAGCGAGAUCCUUCUUUCAAAGUAGUUUUUACAAAAGCCCCUGGGCUUAGAAAUGAGAAACUCUCUAGCUAUUAUAUUUUUCUAUUCUUGUUUUGCUAUUUUUACUUCUGAAAUGUGAUCUCUGUCUGAAAAGAGGCUUUCUCCUGGUUUUAACUCUCUCCCUAUUAACCCUCUCACACCGAAAGCUCCACCUUAUGUUCUGAACUUCCUACUCUGACCUAAAACUAAGUCUCUCAGUGGGAAUCCCAACUCUUGUACUUCUAUUUAAAAAUAGUCAUAUCUUCUACAGAGGAAACUCUAGCUAUUUCCCUGGAAAGCCAGUGAGGCCCCAUACUGGCUCCGUCCAGGUCUCACAGCAAGCCUUGCUUCUUGAAAUGUAAACUGAGGCUAAUGUAGUUGCUUCGCAGCACUUGGGAGUUGAAUCCUGAGUAAGGAGUGAUGGAAGUGUUUUGCAUACAGCUUGUGCUUCACUAAUGGACAAUGGGUCAUCUAGACAGCCUUCAAGUAGGAGUGAGCCUAGCUUGAUUUGGAAUCCCUUUACCCCCACAGUUUGCAACAGAAGCAUACCUUGCUGUCUUUUUAUAGCGGAAAGCCAUUGCUUGUUUUUUGUUUAAUUAUUUGCAUUUUGUUGUAUAGAAAGAAUUUGAUGCUAUGUAUUUCUGCUUGUGAGAAAAGACCCAAGUUAUAAAUUUAAGUGUUAGAAUUGAAACAGUUAAUAGAAUAGUUGGGUGAGUAAAAUUCUAUCUCAGAUGUUGUGAAACACAAAGAUCAGCUUAGAUAUUUUGAUAUUAUAUUUUAAAUACUAGAUGUUAAUCUGGUGGGUUUUAGACAUUCCUUAAGUUUCCAGAAAUUGUCUUUUAUUUUUGCAUUUUGAACUAUAUGGCUUUAGAUAUUUUGAAUAAAGUCUUUUAUCAUCUAA